AGCAAACGCGGCCGCACCCAGCGUCCACCACCACCCCUUCCCCCUCCUCGUCUCCCCCCGGCUCCGAUCCGGCGCGCCUCGCCGUCAACCCACGCGGCGGCGCGGCGGCGAGUUCGCCGAAGCCAUGCCGAGCUCGCCGAAGGUCUUCUCCUCGGCGACCACCUCCCGCCGCGCCACGCUCCGCCGCAUCCUCUCCACCCCGGCCUUCUCCGCCGCCUGCCUCCUCUUCGGCCUCGCGGGCUUCCUCGCCGCCGCGCUCUCCUUCUCCUGGUCGCCGGGGAGCGCGCCGCGCGCCCGCUGCCCGGACUCCUCCCGCCCGCUCUCCGUCUCCGUCGCGUGGGACCGCCGGCCCGGGGAUGCGUCCGCCGGGGCCGUGGCGGCGGCGGGCGCCGCCGUGGAUCUCCCGGCGUCGCACGCCACCGGGUCGCGCGGGAGGCACAAGGUGAUGGCCUUCGUCGGGAUCUUCACCGGGUUCGGCUCCGUCGGGCGGCGACGCGCGCUGCGGCGGACGUGGCUCCCCGCGGAUCGGCAGGGUCUCCUUCGAUUGGAGGAAGCAACUGGUCUGGCAUUCAGAUUUGUGAUUGGAAAAAGUAAUGACAAGUCUAAGAUGGCAGCUUUAGAAAGAGAGGUUCAAGAAUACGAUGAUUUCGUGCUUUUAGAUCUGGAGGAGGAGUAUAGCAAGCUUCCGUACAAAACGUUAGCUUACUUUAAGGCUGCGUAUGCAUUGUAUGACUCUGACUUCUAUGUUAAAGCUGAUGAUGAUAUCUACUUGAGACCAGAUAGACUUUCAUUGCUUUUGGCUAAGGAGCGUUCACAUACACAAACAUACAUUGGAUGCAUGAAGAAGGGGCCUGUUUUUACUGACCCAAAGCUGAAAUGGUAUGAGCCACAAUCCUUUUUGCUCGGAUCAGAAUACUUCCUUCAUGCAUAUGGGCCUAUUUACGCUUUAUCAGCCGAUGUGGUGGCAAGCUUGGUUGCCUUGAGGAACAACAGUUUCCGUAUGUUCAGCAAUGAGGAUGUUACUAUUGGAUCCUGGAUGCUUGCUAUGAACGUCAACCAUGAGAACACACAUGCACUUUGUUCACCUGAGUGCACAGAGUCUUCAAUUGCUGUUUGGGAUAUUCCAAAAUGUUCAGGGCUAUGCCACCCGGAGGUAAAGAUGCUGGAGCUUCAUCGAAGGAAGGAAUGUACAGGUGGUCCAUCUGCGGUGUCUGAAUCUGACGACCGAUAAAUUAUCGUCCCUACACGGACUACAGUCCAGGCAACAUGAUGACAGAAUGGUUGACCACUGACGCCUCGAAUGGAUUGCCCGAGCAUUCACUGACUUCACCAGGCACAAUCAUUGCCUGGGGCGCGCCGUCCAGGCAGCCAACACCGCCGAUUUCAGGCGUCAGAUACACGGGAUCACAGAGCUCUUGUUCCACAUUCUUGUCACAUUCUCAUUUGCUUAUGACUUCAGAACUUGGUAGUAUAUUCUUGCCAGGAAUGCUCAUCAUGUGCCCUUGUGAAGCAGUUUUGUUGUAUAGUAGUAGAAUGCAUCACAAAUUAACACACAGUUUCUAUGCUUCGUACUUUUGAAUAUAUUUUUUUAACCUUCGCUAUACGUAACAUCCUUCAACCUCUA